AUGGUCCAGGGCAACAGCACGUCGCAGAGCGAAUUCAAAGGCUCUCGUCACUACCUGCUUGGCUUCAACAUCAAAGGCUCAUUCUCUCCACUUUUGCAUAACACUGGAUUCAAGCUUCUGGGACUACCAUACACGUAUGGCUUGUUUGAAGUUCCCAAUGUAGACGAAAGCGUCGAAAAGCUUCUUCAAGAUCCGAAGGUCGGCGGCUUGUCUGUGACGGCUCCACACAAAUUGGAAGUCGGCAAAUACAUGGACGAGAUAUCAGAAGAGGCAAAGACCAUGGGCUCUGUCAAUACCGUUGUUGCCUCCUUUGCAACUGGCAGCAACCAAAGGCGGCUUUACGGAGACAAUACCGACUGGCUUGGUAUUACUCGGUGCAUUCAAGGCGGAGAGAUCAAUCUCGAUUUGGAGGGAACGACAGCGUUAGUUCUCGGGGCUGGAGGAGCUGCUCGAGCGGCAGUAUAUGCCUUUAUCAAGCUGGGCAUCCGUAACAUCGUCGUCGUCAACCGGACCCAAGAACGCGCUGAGCGACUGGCAGCGAAUCUUCCUGACCACAAUAUUGAGAUUGUGAGGUCCCUCCAUACUCUCGAGCAGCGCUCGAGUAACGGAUCGCUCAAGAUCUCAGUCGUCGUCGGAUGUCUUCCCGUACAUGUUCUUACAGAUGCUGAUGUACCAAAUUGGCUGUUUCCAAACGUGGAGAAUGGCGUUUUGGUAGAUAUGGCAUAUGGGAAAACGACUACAAUCACGGGCAAGGCGGCGGCAGCUGCAAAUUGGACUGUCUUUGAUGGAAUUGAUGUGCUGCAACAACAAGCUUUUGGGCAAUUCGAAGCGUGGACGGGAAAGCCUGCACCCAAGAUGGAGAUGAUGAAGGCAGUCAACAGUGCUCUUGGACGAGCUACCAAUCCAGCUCUUGCAGAAGAUAUAUAA